AUCGUGCUUGAUAAGCUGUACCCAAGGUAGGCGUUUAUCAUCAUGCAGCUUACAACUUGUUUGCGAUACACAGCUUAUUGCUUAUGUAUUAAUUUACUAAUAAUUGUGUUCCAUUUAAGAAUUACAAAGUGAUUCAAAAAGAAAUACCAGUGAAGGCACUGUGCUAUAUUGGAAUCCAUUUGACUUACCUAUUAACAUCAUGUCUAACCAGAGCGACAACCCACCAGCUGUAAUUGUUGUUGGCAGUGGCCUUGCAGGAUUGAGUGCAACUAUUGAAGCUGUUCGCCACGGUGCUCAUGUCACUAUUGUUGAAAAAGAGGAAAGAUUGGGUGGCAACUCCGCAAAGGCAACAUCAGGUAUUAAUGCAGUUGGGACUGACGCACAGAAUGAAUUAGGCAUUGAAGACACAAUUUCGGCUUUUGUUUCUGAUACAAUCGCUUCUGGUGACGGUCUUGCCAAUAAAGAAUUGGUAAAAAUUCUAGCACAGAACAGCAAUUCAGCAAUUCAGUUUCUAUCGUCAUUUGGUCUUGGGCUUACAGAUGUGGUACAGCUAGGUGGACACAGCUCAAAGCGCACACAUCGCUUUCCCCCCACUAAAGAAGGCAAACCUGUGCCUGUUGGAUUUACAAUUGUAUCCACACUUCGAAAAUAUGUUGAGAAUGAUCUAAAAACAUCUGUUACCAUUCUUACUCGAUCUACUUUUAAAGAGCUUACAAUAAAGGAUGGCAAAGUCACAGGCUUGAAGUAUCAAACUGUUGAUGGAGAGGAAAAACAACUUAAUGGCACUGUCAUAUUUGCAGCUGGGGGAUAUGCCAAUGAUCACACAGAACAUUCUUUGCUUGAUAAAUACACGCCACACCUGUCCAAAUAUCCAACAACAAAUGGGCCUUGGGCUACGGGGGAUAUCAUUAAAGCAGUGGAAGGAAACGGUCUGUCAUUAAUUCAUAUGGACAAGGUUCAAGUCCAUCCAACUGGUUUUGUAGAUCCUAAGGAUCCAAAGUUUCACACCAAGUUUUUAGCACCUGAAGCUUUACGUGGUUGUGGAGCAUUGCUUUUAAAUGUUAAGGGUCAGCGAUUUGCUAACGAGUUAGGACGUCGUGAUUACCUUUCUCAAGAAAUUUUAAAUAAUUGCAAUUCGUAUGGUAACAUUAAUGGAAAUCCUAUAUCAGCAGCCAUGUUACUUACACAAAAAGUGAUUGACAGGUUUGGAGCUCAUCUUGCUGGAUUUUAUAUUUUCAAGGGGUUGAUUACAAAAGUGAAUGAUCUUGCUGGAGCAGCAGAAAAACUUGGUGUGCCUCUUAAAACCAUGCAACAAACCAUUUCUGAGUACAACCAUGGUGCUUCAUCAGGAAACGACAAAUUUGGUAAGAAAGCAUUUCCCAUCACAUUUAGUGAGAGCGAUGUCUAUUAUUUAGCGUAUAUAACCCCAACAUUGCAUUACUGCAUGGGUGGCAUAGAAAUAAAUACCCAUGCAAAUGUGGUUAUGGCGCAGAGUUCAUCAGUAUUGGAUGGUUUGUAUGCGGCUGGGGAAGUUAGCGGAGGCGUGCAUGGUAACAAUCGUUUAGGUGGUAAUAGUUUGUUGGAAUGUGUUGUGUUCGGAAGAAUCGCUGGCAAAGAGGCAGCACACUAUAACAGAAAUUAACUUAAGUUUAAAAAAAAAUUAAAAAAAAAUUCAUGUUACUGUAUCUCUUGAAAAAUUUCAGUAUUUUAUGUUAAAAGCAUUACAAUCCAAUAUUAACAAAACUAGCAGAUAUAAGUUCAGAUUGACUUCUAUGCCGAUUCUUUAUUGAAAUAUCACCAUUCUUUCUGAACUUAGUAAUAUUAAAUUUUGGUACUUCUUUGAAAGAUGAAAUUUACUUGAGAAUGUAUGAAUUUCCUGCAAGACAAUAAAUCCUCACAUUGAUUUUAGAAAAGCUUUAAAGAAUUGUGAGAAAACUGAGCUUUUUUGCAGUGAAUUAUAUCAAUCGCUUGAAGCCUUUUUUUAUAUGUUUUUUGCGUCGCAGCGCACAAAAGAAUUUCUAGGACACCUUUAUGAUACGCUAAAUCUUUGUUCUGUAUUUUUAUUAGAUUUUUAAAUCUGUGCUCUAAAUUUUUAAUAGAUUUUUAAAAUUGGGCUGUUUUUUGAAAAGCACUAAUAUCCUUAUUGUAUUUGUGAAUCAAUGUCAUUUUAUUGGCAACGUAAAUAACUAUUCCUCUUAAAAUUCAUUUGCAUUGACUUUUUCAAACAUUAAGAUGAAGUAUAGCAUAAAAAGAAUUUCUUCCUUUGUUCAUUGGGGAAUUUUAUUGUAGUUUUGUCGCUUCAAGUUUUGUUGACGAAUGGUGUUGGAUAUACUAUGGAGCUCUUUAUUAUUUAAUUUUAAAUAAAUUCAAUUUAGAAACAUUAUAUUUAUAGAUUUUGUAGUCAAUAUUUGAUAUAAAAAUCUCUGGUCAUGGGAUUAAAUCUUAAAAAUUCUAUUAAAGCUGUUUUUUAUGGUCUCAUUCUGUUAAUUUUUGUUUUGAAAGAAUAUAAUGUAUCUGCUUUGAACUGUAAACCUAAUAAACAAUAAAAAUUGAUCUUUGACAAAUUUU